AUGGACAUUGCUUUAAAUCACCACAUCAAGGCAGAGCAAGCGAAAUAUUUCGCAGCGGAAAUCAAGCAGCUGAAAAAGGCACAGCCCAUAUCCACAUCCAGCAAGCUCAUUGCACUGAGUCCAUUCAUCAACUCCACAGGGGACAAUAUAUUGCGUGUAGGCGGAGGCCUACAUAAUGCGAGGGUGGCAGAGCCACAGCGUCAUCCAAUCAUUCUUCCGAAGGAUUGCACAUUGGCCAAGCUUUUAAUAUGGCAGGUGCAUCAGGACACACUUCAUGGCGGUAUACAAAUUAUGCUUCAUACGAUUCGACACAAAUAUUGGAUUCUACAGGCACACAUUUUGGUCAAACAAUGCAUACACUCAUGCGCGAUUUGCAGGCGGCAUAAACACAUAAUGCUAAAACAACGUAUGGCGACAUUACCAAAGGCUCGGGUCACCCCAUCUCCACCAUUUACAAGAUCUGGCUUAAACUAUUACGGUCCAUUCAACAUACGAAUUGGCUCCAAGGCUGUACGAACCGUGCGGAAGGCUUACGUGGCAAUCUUUGUGUGCAUGGUAACCAAGGCAGUGCACAUCGAACUGACUGAAGAUCUCCCUUCUGAGACAUUCAUGCAUUACACCCGUUUCGUAAACCGGCGUGAUCCAUGUAACCAUUUAUACAGUGACAAUGGCACUACAUUCAUUGGCGCAGAUCGCUUAAUGGCCGCUGACUUACAGGCUUGGCAUAAUGAAUAUUCUCAACAGCAAUUGGCAAAUCGAGGCACAAAAUAG